AUGAGUGCAGCUAAUAAUAGAUAUUCAGAUAGUUUGAGGAUACAAUCAGCUAAAAGCAACAAUAGCAUUAGAGUAUAGUCAAUGGUAAUUAGGUCGCAUGAUAAUUUAUCACCUGAGAGAAAUACUGCUUCAAUGACAGUCUUUCCUACAUUUAAUCAUAAUUCGUAAAAGCUUAAACCCGAAUUUCCUAAGAUUGUAGAUAGCGUCAUGCCCUUAAUGUACGAUUCUACUUAUGGUAAUAUAAGCACAGGAAACAGGUACAAAUUUUAAGACAAGGGAAUGCCCAUUCUUAUUAACUACAGAGCCUUGCAAAACAAGCAAAAAAAUUAAUAAAUUCCAGUUGGUAUUUUAGUAGAAUAUUUCAGACAAUGGAUAGAGAUUAUGAAACUUUAAAUAGACAAUAUAAUCAACAAUUUAUAUGAAAAAGCAAGCUUUUACACAGAAAAAUCUAUUAUUUUAUUUGAGGAUGCCCUUGCAUACAAUUAAAAAUACAUGAAAUACAUUAUGUUGUCUAUCAUUCCAUCUCGCGCAAUACACCAAAAUCACAGUUUGACUAACGUAGAAUAGACUUUAUCAAGAUAAAAUUUAAAGCUAACCACAUGCCAACAUUGCUAUGACUUUACAUUAGAAUGCGAAAUGUACGUUGAGAAGGUUCUUUGUACUGAGAAGAUUUAACCUGAAGUAAGUGUUUAGAAAGAUAUUCGCGAUAUUAAGAAUAAAUACAAAUAAUUGAUCACUGAUGUUGAAUGCAAACAAAUAUUCUAAAAAUACACUUAAAUAUUAACUUAACACUUCUUAGAGUAAUUUGCUCAGUAAGCUGCUGUUUCCAAGAAGAUUUUUAACGAAUAUCAUGAAUAUCGUAGACAAGUUGGUAAAUUUACUACAGUAGAUUUGAUGGAUACCGAAUCAUAUGAUUAAGAGGAUGCUAUUAAUGUUUUUAGUGUUCACUUACCCAAGGGAGAUGCAAUUAUUGAAGGUCUCAUUUAGAUAGAAAAUUAUUAGCUAUUUUCUAUUAAAGUAAGGUAAUAAGCCAACGCCUACAAAGAAGACAUGGAAAAUAUAAAUCAAAAGCUUAUGGGAUCGAUGCAACAAGCUCCUUAUCUUAUGUUAGAAACUUUGGAGCAUUUGAUUUCUGCCAAAUUUUGUCUUAAUAUGAAUCUUGAAAAGGUUGAAAUGCAAAUGAUAAACUAAUUCAAGAACAAUGAACGUUUCCUCACUUCAAUCAGCAAAAAGUUGCCUUCUUUCUAGGAAAAAUUCGAUAAAUACAUGGUUAAACAGCAAGAGUUCAAUUAAAAAUGGAACGAUCUUAUUAAGUUUUACAAAUAAGAAAUAGGACCAUUUGUCGAUAAACUUAAAUAAGGAAACCCAGAUUAGCAAUUGUACAUCGAUAUUGACUCUUAGAAGUUGUUUGCAGAUUUGAAAUAAAGAGGUAAAAAGAUAGAGGAGAGAUAUCUUGAGUUAUGGAAGUUCUUAGGAGAUCUCAGAAAGGAAUUGGACAUGAAAGUUGAUUUAUUCGAGGAUGAUAAAGAAGUCAUCACAAGAGAGUUAAAUUUCUUAGAUAAAAUUACCAAGACCUCUUAGCUGUUCUAUGAAACAAUUUAUGGAUCACCAUUUUUGCUUGAUGAUCCUAUUUCUUUGAUGGAAAUCAAUGGACUUGAAACCCAAAAGCAAAAUAUUUCAAACUUCCUAAACGUGCUCUCACAUAUGUAAAAGGAAUUUGAUUAACUUAGAAAUAACAACCUUUUAGGAACUAUCUUUAAGAAGCUUACCAUAAAAGACCCUUUGAUGCAUUCUCUUAUGAAAAAGAAACUAGUUAAUCUCUUAAACUAGAUUUUGAAAUAGCCCAGCUUAGAAACAAUUAAAGAUAAAAUUGAAUAUUACAAUAAAAUCGAAGCAGCUAUAGAAUAAACUCAAUUAAAGGAGUCUACUCCAUAAUAGCUGAGAGACAGACUAUUCAAAUUAAUAAGAAACAUGAUUUAUUGUGAAUUGAAACUAACUUUUAAGUAUGAAAUGAUCCCCUAGAUGAAGGAAAAACUCCAAAAAUCAAUAGCAGACGUACUUAAUACAGAUAUUUAGGCUGAUUAAAAUGAAUAUUUCUAAAAAGCUGUCUAAGUUUGCUAUGAAUAAAUGGUCGAAUUGAAGGGUCAUUUGCAAAAUUUCAACUACCCAGAUUUUUUGAAUCUUUUCAGCGAAAUAGAACAUAUAAAAAAUAAUUUCUAGGUUUAUAAUGAUGUUAUUGGUAAGUAAAAUCUCCACAUUAAAAUUGCAACUUACAGAGAGAUAAUAGACAAAACUUAUAAAUAUUUCUUCUAGUUAUAAAACCCACCAGUUUAUAAUGUAUUGAGAGUUGUUGAGAGUUUCUUAGAAGAGUUAAAAUAGAACAUAGCUUUGAUUGACGGAUUUUUGAAAAAAAAUUUCCAAGGAUUUGAAAACUUAAGCAAGAUCCUCUAAAAUUAAAAGACUAUUUUACUUGAAAUAUAAAAUGAAUACUCAAAUUUCUAAAAAUAAUUAAGUUAAUGGGUAAUUUUAAAUCCUUCUAACUUAUCAAAAGUAAUCACACCAAUCAAAAACUGGCUUAUCCAUGUCCAUUAAAAAGUUUACACCUUAGACAGCAAGAAGCUUAAGGGCUCAACAAUCUACAUGAAUACUUGUGAAGAAAAGGAGCCUAUCCAGGGAAUUUAUGAUAAAAUCUUAAGAAAUAGAUACUUCGGUAUUAAAGGAGGUAUGAAUAAGAAUGAAUAAGAAAAGCUUAAAGAAAAUUUUACUCCUUAUAAGUAAGAAAAAUACGAAUUAGGUAUUGACUGGGACUAAAAGCCUAAAUAAACAAAGUUGCUUCUUGAUAUAGCAAUUCCCUUUAAGUCCUUUAAUUAUAAAAUACAGGCAUUAAAUGAAAAUAAUUAACUAGUUACAGUCUUAGAGAAGACAGGCUAGAAUGAUAAUGUAUACAAGACAUUGAGGGAUGAAGUUGAUAUCGAAAUGCAUGAUAUUUACACCACAAUAGUUGCAGAAAUUACAGCAAUUGAUGAAAAAGGAUUCAAAAGAGUUUAAUAUACAAGAGAGAUAGUUGUAAGCAGUUUGGAAAGAGAGACCAAGCUAGUUUUAAAUGAAUUAGGUGUCUAAUUCCAAAAGAACGAAGAAUGGAAAAUCUAUGUUAAAAACUUUGAAAGUAUCAUGUGGACUCCUUUAAUCAAGAUUGGAGAAAUGAAGUAGGUUGGAAAGAAUGGAGAUAUUUUUAUAGAUUUUAUUCAAGAUGUAGAUGUGAAAUAAAAAAGUUGGUAGAAUGUAGAGCUAUCUGAAUAUUAAUAUGGUUCAUUUGAAUUCACUAUUUCACAUGCUAAUAAUCAUUCUGCUAGUAAAUACAUAUAUUAUAUAAUUAUUGAAUGCGAUGGUUGUGAAAAAGACUUGUAAACACAAGACCACAAGAUAUUUUUGAGUGGUAAAACUCAAAAUCUUCCAUAGGUUUUCACAUACACAAUGGCAGAUACCUAAGCAAUGAGAAGAGAAAAGCCUAUAUGGAUGCUUGGCUAUAUAAAAGAAGGAAUAUAUUUUAAGACCAAUGUUUUCGUUAGUAGAACCGAAGUUGAUGAGCACCUUCAAAAUAUUUUCAAAUAAGACGUUUAAUAACAACAGGAAAAAUAACAAUGA